GCCGCGCGCGCGCGCACUUCCUCUUGGAGCGCGUGGGGAGCGUCCAACAUGGCGCCGAAAGACAAGAAGCCUAAGAGGGCAACCUGGAAGUUUAAUUUGGAUCUUACGCAUCCUGUAGAAGAUGGAAUCUUUGACUCGGGAAAUUUUGAACAGUUUCUACGAGAGAAAGUUAAAGUGAAUGGAAAAACUGGAAAUCUCGGGAAUGUUGUUCACAUUGAACGCCUGAAGAAUAAAAUCACCGUUGUUUCUGAGAAGCAGUUCUCUAAAAGGUACUUAAAAUAUCUUACCAAGAAAUACCUUAAGAAGAACAACCUCCGUGACUGGCUUCGUGUGGUUGCGUCUGACAAGGAGACUUACGAACUUCGCUACUUCCAGAUCAGUCAAGAUGAAGAUGGAUCUGAGUCUGAGGAUUAGUUUCUGUUUUUAAACUGAAGUGAUACAAGACAAAGAAGACCUAGAAAUGGACUUGUGGUUUGUUGGUAAAUAAAAGAUGUUCUUGAA